AUGUCCUGCCUUACCGCUCUGUCCGGAGCAACUGGUCCAACAGGGGGACAGAAGAAUGGAGGGCCAGUUGACUCCAAAUGUGACGUGAAGGUGGGGAAAGACGGGGAACUCCAGAUUGUUCGGAUCGACCAGAAGGACGACGGCGUUUUCAAGAAGCCUGUUCCUCCGGGACCAAGGACAGCGCUGAGGCAGAAGGCGCUGGAUGAAGACGUGUACACUUCCUCCCUGAAGGCCAUCAUCGAGCGCGACUACUUCCCUGAGCUCCCUUACCUCCGAGCUAAGCAGGAGCUGGACGAUGCUAUGCAAAGCAGAGAUCCUGUGCGGAUCAAGGAGGCGUACGCGAACCUGCGCAAGUGUGCGAUGACUCCCUCCGGGAGGUACCUCUCGACCCCAAAGCGCGGGCUGGGCGCUAGCGCGUCGUCGACGCCUCUAGGAGGAACAGGGAGAGUGUCUGCUCCUGGGACGCCCGGCAAUCGAGGACGAUCGAGCACCCCGAUGGGGUUCGAUGGUGACGACCACAGCGUGUGCUUGACGAAUGAAGACGAUCUGGAGAGGGAGGAAGAGAUCAAUCGAGUGAUCAAAGGGAGAUCACUAGAUGACUUCGUCAAGAAGUACACCAGCGAAGACAACAAGUCGGCGUCCGAACUUAUGUUGAAGGACGCGGUGGCGAUGGAGGACAGGCGAAUGUGGAUCCACGAGCAAGCGGCAGAGUACAACAUGCGCCAGAAGCUUCUGAUCGAGAGGGGCCCCCGCCAGGAGGACGGGACCUUGAACAUGAUCUUGGGAGCUCCCUACGACGAGAAGGACUCUUUGACAUCCUACGUUCCCAGCACUCACUACAUCCCCAAGACGAAGCUACCCAUGGGCAAGAACAACAUCUCAUCGUCCGCCACUCGGAUGGCGAGGGCAGGACCCCAGCAGGACAAGACCUCCUUACAGCCCACGUUCCGAGCAUACGCGACACCUGGGGCUGAAAGUGUGGCCGCGUCGCCGAGGGUAGGAGGCUACAGUUUCCUGCUCACUCCCUCUCCGGCUCCAGGGGAGCAGGACGACAUUCCUUCCUUCACGUGGGGAAACAUUGAAGGUACCCCGCUGAUCCUCCCAGAGGACGAUAUGCCCGAGUAUCAGCCGUUCAGGGUCCAAGAGAGAUCCAAGAAAGAAGAGGUUGCGGACUCGAUCUUUAACAAGUACCUUGCCAAGAAAGCUCUCCGUGCCAAAGGUGGAAUCGAUGCCAAGGCCAGAACACCCUCUCGUGCUGCUGCAAGGAGACUAGCGUCAAAGUCCAGCGGAUCUCGGAUGGGCCUGCCGUUGGACAUGCAACUGCGAUCGACGUACCGCGGAACGCCCACCUCUUCCCGUUUGCAGACUCCAAGGAACUCACACGCCUCUGCUAGUGGCUCUUCCACGCCAAGGUCUCUCCUGGCUCCGAGCCCUGCAAGAUCGACUUCCCAGCUUGUCAAGGACACCGUCAACAAAGUCUGCAGCAAGGUUGAGAAGGGAACGAACCUAACAGACGGCUUACUGCAAAUAUAA